AUGCCACCCGUUGCCGAUCCCAAGAUCGACGCCAAUGCUAAUAUUAUCGAGCAGGUCCGGUCACAAGUCGCCGACAUCAUCCACCCUCACUAUGAUACCCCCUUCAAUAUUCUACGAUGGUUACAAUCCUACCAAUUCAACGUCUCCAAAACCGUUCACAACCUCCGAAAGCAUCUGAAAUGGCGUAAGGAACGUCAUCUGGAUGAGGACGCUCGUGGUCUGCAAUGCUCAUCGAUCACCGCUGAGUACGCGCCGUUAUCCAUUGUUGGCUGGAAUCGGCAAGAGAAUGGCGAUCGUCUCAUUGUCGUAGAUCAAAGUGGACGGAUAGAUAUCGGUGGCGUGAUGAAGUCAAUCCAACCUACAGAAUAUCUUCACCAAAAAUUCAGAAUUUUCGAGAAAAUUCUUGCCAUGAUGAUGGAGAUGGAAGCGAAAACGGGUGUACAAUGCUCUAUACUCUAUGUAUUCGAUCUCGAUGGUUUAAGCUUUGAUCCAUCAUUGCUUGGAAUUCUUAGUGGACCAUUCCGAGUCUCAUGGCAGUGUGUCGGUCUACACUAUCGCGAGGUGAUCGACAAGUUUGUUGUCAUAAACACUCCUAGCUACAUUAAUGUGUUAUGGUCCGCAAUCUCACCAUUCAUACCAGAACAAUCGAGAAGUCGGGUGCUCAUAACUGGAAAGAACUGGAAGGAAGAUCUCUUGAAAUUAGCUGAUGUCGAAUGUCUUCCCGAGCGAUAUGGUGGGAAGAUCCCGGAUGAGCAAGUACUGAAGGAUCCUCAACCUGUGCCAAAAGAUCUCUACUGGCGUCCAAGACCUGAUUAUCCGAGCGUAGCAGCUAUGCAUCGUAUAUCGACCCCAGCAGGAAAGACGCGAACAUUGACUUACUAUGUGGAAGCCGGUGAAGAACUACAAUUGUACUCUCACAACGAUUCAGAUUUCACAUUUGCUAUCUAUUACGCGGAGAAAGAGACAACACCAGAAGAAGAAUAUGAAGCUUUGCUGCCGCCAACGCAAAAAUGUGCACUUCCCGCUGUUGACCGUUACAAUCAGGACAUAACCCGUACCGGUUACUAUCAUCUCAGGCUCACAAAUGAUGCCGCUUGGCUGUUUCCUUCAACGUACAAACUGAUCGUACACGAAAAAUCCGGCAAAGAAAUACAAGCAUUAAAUCAAAAAGAGAAGUGGAUCAAGCAAGGUGCCAAAGCGUAGUAAUUUUGUG